AUGGGCAGCUCUGCAAAGGCCGCGCUGCUGCGCUUCAUCCGCUGGCUUGACUCGCCGCUGGGCCACGGCGUGCUGAAAUGCACCUUGGCCUACACCAUCGCCAGCCUGGCCACUUUCCUCUCGCCGCUGUCCAACUUCCUGGGAACGCUCGACGGAAAGCAUGUCGUGGCAACAAUCACCGUAUAUUUCCACCCGGCGCGGUCGACCGGCUCCAUGAUUGAGGCUGUCCUGAUUGCCGUCGUCGCCAUCGCAUAUGCCGAACUCGUUUCGAUCCUCUCCAUGGUGGUCUCGGUCCUUGUCGGCUCCGUCAUGGGCCUAGUCACUCUGGCGCACGUUUUGGUCGUCAUAAUAUUCAUUGGUGGCGGCUUUGGCUUCAUGGGAUGGGUAAAGCAGAAGAUGGCAAAUCCGCUCGUCAAUGUCGGCAGUACCUUGGCGUCGCUGGCCAUCAUUUCCGUCGUGACCAAAGAAAACGCCGUCAUCUCAAAUGUCUUCUCCAACCAAAAGAUUGUCCAGGUCUUCAAGAUGCUCAUCAUGGGCAUUACGUCUACGGCCGCUGUCAAUGUUUUGGUUUGGAGAGUGUCAGCUCGCGAUCUCCUGAGGACCUCCAUGGCAAAGGCAACCACAUCACUGGGGGGCAUGCUUUCCACCAUUUCUGCGAGUUUCCUCAAAGGAGUCGAAGAAGAGCAAAUGUCUGCAGAAUUCACUGCGUCCUCGGCCACUUACACAGUUACUUAUCCACAGAUGCUCAAGAACUUGCGAGAGGCCAAGUUUGAGGACUACCUCCUCGGCCGAGAGAGGAUAUAUGUGUUGCAGAGAUCCACUGUCAAGGCUAUCGAGACCCUGGCUCGCUCUAUAGGUGGCUUACGCAGCGCGGCUAAUACCCAGCUGUCCCUCCUCAAACUUGCCGAUCGGCCCAGUUCCCCCGGACAACGGCCUGGUUCUUCAGCCCACGAUCAUGAUAAUGGCCCUACACCAUCAUCCCUCUUCAAGCUGUUUGUCGACUUGAUAGGUCCAUCGAUGGAAGCUCUAACGCAAAGCCUUGUCCUUAUUCUCCGAGAGCCACCUUUAGGUGCUACCCCCAAUUAUGAGGUCACCAUCAGCGAUGAGCUUCGACAAUCGCUCGCGGAAGCUCUCUUCCAGUUUAAUGUGGCGAGAAGCGACGCCUUGCGGCAGGCGUACAAUAUGAUCGAGCGAGAGAAAUCGACGUCGAGGCGGAUACAAGCUGGCUUAGAGGAAGUCGCUGCUGCCUGUGGGCAUUUCAGUUUCAGCUUGCAGACGUUUGGCGAAGAAAUGCGAAAGUACCUGGAUGUUCUCGACGAUCUCAAGUUUGUCAGCGAGCACAACAAGCGAAGCUGGCGAUGGAUAUUAUGGUGGAGGGAGGAUGAUACCGCGGCUCAGGGCCGUAAAAUGUCAAGUCUGCCGUUCCAAACUUCAUCCGAAGCCGAAAGCCUCAUCAAACCCAUCAGGAAGCGCGAUGUGCCCAAAGGUAUUCCGGAUUCAAUGGUUCGCCGAAGGGACACAUACAAUUGGCAAGCAGCGCCCAAUGCCAGCAAAAUACUAUCCACCAUCUCUCAGUCUAUUCUGAGAUUCGCGCGGGAAAUUGCACGAGACGACAUUCUUUUUGGGCUCAAGGUGGGCAUUGGUGCCUCUCUUUGGGGAAUGCUGGCCUUCCUGGAGGAGACUCGAGACUUUUACAACCACUAUCGUGGCGAGUGGGGGCUUCUGUCAUUCAUGAUUGUCUGCUCCAUGACUGUCGGUGCUUCCAAUACUACGGGCUGGGCUCGAUUCAUGGGGACAUUCUUCGGCGCAUUCUUUUCCUUGUUCAACUGGACUGUAAGCCAAGGAAAUGCGGCGGCACUCAUCAUACUGGGGUGGCUGGUUGCCUUUUGGAAUUUUUAUCUCAUUGUCGCUCGAGGCAAAGCUCCGUUGGGUCGGAUGACUAUUUUGGCAUACAACGUGUCGACACUGUACGCGUACAGCCUGAGCCAACGCGUUGACGAUGACGAUGAUGACGAGGGUGGGCUGCAUCCCAUCAUGAUGAAAAUUGUAAAGCAUCGAGUUAUUUCGGUCACGGCGGGUAUUCUCUGGGGCUUAAUUGUGUGCCGGGUCAUCUGGCCCAUCUCGGCCCGCAGAAAGUUCAAAGAAGGUGUCUCCAUGCUCUACCUCCAGAUGGGUCUUAUCUGGAGGCGAGGACCCCUUGCUAUCCUACUCCGCACCGAUUGCUCCGAAAGCUAUCUCAAGUCUGGGGAACAGGUUGCCAUGCAGAGGUAUGCCAACCGCCUAGAGAGUCUACGGCAAUCAGCCGCAGCAGAGUUUGAGCUUCGCGGCCCGUUCCCGUUUGAGACGUAUGGCCGCAUCAUGCGGAGCACAAACCGGAUCCUCGACAGUUUUUAUGCCAUGAGUCUCGUAACACACCGUGAUAGAAACCUUAGUGCGGGUGAGCGCGCCUUGUUAGAGUACACGGCGACGGAGCGAGCCGUCCUGUGCGACCGAAUAUGCCACGUCUUUCAAGUGCUGGCCAGCUCCAUGAUGCUGGAAUACCCCCUGACCGAUGCGGUCCCAAGCGUCAUUGGCAUCCGCGAUCGGCUGCUCGCCAAGAUUUUCCAGUUCCGCAAGGAGCACUCGAUCGAAGCCAUAAGAAACCUCGGCUUUAUCCAAGAGAGCGAAAUCGAGAAUGGUGAAAGUAGCCAUGAUGCUGAUGUGGCCACCACUGCCAGUGAUGCUCCAGUUGGCGUGGUGAUGGCUGAAGAGAAGGACUACGCUCUCAUCUAUGCAUACACGCUGGUGACUGGCCAGGUUGCCCAGGAGCUGAAGAUCGCCGAGAAGGAGAUUGAGAAGUUGUUUGGCGUACUAAACGAAGAAUCUCCACUGCUUGUGUAA